AUGGAAUUCCAGGCGAAGAUCGCUCAGAUUGACGCCGAGAAGGGUGUCGCUCCAGCUCUGGUAGACAGGUUCGAGCGGGAACACGACUACCUGCGGAUUUCUUUGACCGAACGCUGUAAUUUGCGAUGUUUCUAUUGCAUGCCUGAAGAAGGCGUGGAAUUGUCACCAUCCGGCCACAUUUUGACAAAUGACGAAGUGGUCCGACUGGCCAGGCUAUUCGUGAAAAGCGGGGUUACUAAAAUACGCUUGACUGGCGGCGAACCUACUAUUAGGAAAGGGAUUUCUGACAUUAUACGGGAACUGAAUCAACUACGACCAUAUGGCCUCAGAUCAAUAGCCUUGACCUCCAAUGGGAUUGUACUCCACAGGCAACUUGAACAGUUCGUUCAGCACGGAUUGACGCACCUCAAUAUAAGUUUGGAUACUCUUGACCCUCUCAAGUUCGAACUUAUGACAAGACGGAGGGGACAUGCAGCCGUGUUGCGAACAUUGGACCUGGCGUUAAACUCCCCUUCGCCGCUGUCGGUCAAGUUAAACGCUGUGAUAAUCAAAGGACUCAACGACGCUGAAGUCUUGGAUUUCGUGGCAUUGACCAAGGAUAAUGAUUUGUCCGUUCGAUUCAUCGAAUUUAUGCCCUUUGCGGGGAAUAAAUGGGAUAAGUCGAAAAUGGUACCGUCAUCGGAACUUUUGUCGCGAAUAUCACGACAAUACCCUGAUCUCGUGCGAGCCCCCGAUGAGCUGAACGAUACAGCUCGCUCUUGGAAAAUCCCGGGGCACAAAGGCAGCUUCGGCUUCAUCAGCAGUAUGUCUGAUCAUUUCUGUGCCAGCUGCAACCGCCUUCGCAUCACCGCGGAUGGUCAGAUCAAGGUCUGCCUCUUUGACGCAAAGGAGGUAUCCUUGAGAGACCACAUGCGUAACGGCGCCUCGGACGACGACCUUCUGGAAACUAUCGGCCGGGCGGUGUUCAACAAACAGGAGAAGCAUGCGGGAAUGGAGGACAUAGAUGUCUUGACCAACCGGCCAAUGAUUCUGAUAGGGGGUUCCAUCACGAUCCACCCCCGCCGACAUGUAAGGACUAGUCUACGACACCCAGUGGCUUCCCAGCUGCGAUAUUAUGGUACUAGUGCCAAACUGACACAUCUGGAUGACAAGGGAAGACCAUCCAUGGUUGAUGUACACAGUAAGAAACCCUCUCGUCGCGAAGCCACCGCAACAGGCCGGAUAUACAUUCCGCCACUCGCUUACCACCUCAUCACCACUACUCGGCAAGACGAUAACGGAACCGAUCACCCUGAUUAUGCGAAGGCAAGGAGUAAAGGUGACGCCCUGACAGUCGCACAGCUGGCAGCCAUCAUGGGGUGCAAGAAAACGCCCGACCUCAUCCCUCUCUGCCAUCCGCUGCCACUUUCUCAUAUAUCGGUGACUUUGUUACCCCAGCCGCCCGAACAAGCGCGUAACAAUGAUGGAGACAUAUCCCGACCUCAUCGCCAGCCACAUAGACACAGCGUGCUAUGUACUGCAACCGUAUCUUGUGAAGGGAAGACUGGAGUCGAAAUGGAGGCACUGACGGCCGUCUCUGUAGGACUUUUGACGGUGUGGGAUAUGCUGAAGGCCGUAGCAGGUAAAGAAAUGGAGAUUGGCGAGAUCAUCGUAACAAAAAAGUCAGGUGGAAAGAGCGGUGACUUCGCACGGAACCUCUAG